CGCGAGUGCUCACUGGUGGUGGCGCCCCGACUGGCGCUAUGGCGGCGGCAGCGGUGGGCUGUUGCGGCGCGCUGCGGUGGAAAUGGCUCCUUUUACCCCUGAGUCCCGGCUUCCACGUGCCCCGAGUUGGGCCCGCAUCCGCCUUCUGCACCACUGUGACCUCUGCCAAAGUGGCUGUGAAUGGCGUUCACCUGCACUACCAGCUGACAGGAGAGGGUGCACAUGCUGUCCUGCUGCUUCCUGGGAUGCUUGGAAGCGGAGGGACUGAUUUUGCACCCCAGCUUAGCAGCCUGAAUAAGAAGCUCUUCACAGUAAUUGCCUGGGAUCCUCGAGGAUAUGGACAUUCUAGACCUCCAGAUCGGGACUUCCCAGUGGACUUUUUUGAAAGAGAUGCAAAAGAUGCAGUUGACUUGAUGAAGGCACUGCGAUUUGAGCAGGUCUCCUUGCUGGGCUGGAGUGAUGGUGGUAUAACUGCACUCAUUGCUGCUGCGAAGUACCCAUCUUACAUCAACAAGAUGGUGAUUUGGGGAGCAAAUGCCUAUGUCACUGAUGAAGAUGACAGGAUUUAUCAGGGUAUCCGAGAUGUUUCUAAAUGGAGUGAGAAAGCAAGGAAGCCCCUAGAAGUCCUGUAUGGGUAUGACUACUUAGCCAGAACCUGCGAAAAAUGGGUGGAUGGCAUAACAAAGUUUAAACAUCUACCAGAUGGUAACAUCUGCCGACACUUGCUGCCCCUGGUCCAUUGCCCCACCCUAAUUGUGCAUGGAGAGAAGGACCCUCUGGUUCCACGUUUCCAUGCAGACUUCAUCCAUGAGCAUGUGAAAAACUCAAGGUUGCAUCUGAUGCCAGAAGGCAAACACAACCUGCACUUACGUUUUGCAAAAGAAUUCAACAAGUUGGUGGAAGACUUUCUACAAUGAAAAUGUAACUGAGGAUUUGUGUGCUAGAGGUUCUGUGGUGAGGGCUUUGAUCAUGCUGCUCUAUCACCAAGGUACCUCAGAACUGCCCUCUGCCCUUGCAUCUUGCCUCAGAUCCUAAGAAUCCUGUUCUCCCAACAAUGUGAUCAAAAUCAGGUGGGCUACGUGACACGUGGGAAAACCUCAAGUUUUAAUGGCUCCAAAAUGAAGACUGAUUUUUGUUAACAUUAAA